AUAAACAAAUUAUGAGAUCAAAUAUUCCGAAAGGAUGCGAGGACUUUGAUUUCAAAGAGGCACUUCAAUUUAUCGUCGAUGAGGAAGAGGAAAAUGUUGAAGAUGAGGAUUUAGAGAAUGGCGAUGAUGAAGAUGCUGAUGAAGAAAGUGACGAAGAAGACAAUGGAGAAGAUAACGAUGGCGAAGAUAAUGAAGAACAGUUUAUUGAAGAGUUAGAACUAGAUGAGAACGCAACAGCGUUUACAUUUAACAACCAUAUAUUCGAAAUUACAGUUUGCGCUCUACAUCCUCACCGAAAAAUGGCAAUUACCACCGACGGAGAAGAUCGCGUUUUUUUGUGGGAUACAGUUCAUGCACAAGUUGUACAAACCGUUUUAUUCCACCGUGACAAAAUAAUUUAUUUGGAAUUUUGUCAUGAUGGCACGUAUUUAGCAAUAGGUUAUAUUGAUGGUGAGCUCUUUGUGUUUAAAGUAUUACCACCUCCAGUUUCUCAGCCAGAAGACUGUAUACCUCCUUCUGUACACCUACAAAAAGUGUGGCAAAAAUCAACAAGUUUAUUAGUUUGGUUACGCUGGCAUCAUACUGCAUAUGUACUAUUUGCAGGCGAUUAUACUGGCGAAGUGUUUAUUUUUGAUAUACAAAACUGUGAUGUCAAGUUAUUACCAAGAGAAGAUGAAACCUCUAAGAAUGCUCAAAUAAGUCACGAUGGUAAGAAACUGCUUCUCUCGUAUGACAGCAAGAUAAAACUAUUUGACAUAGAAACUUAUAAAGUUUUAUGGGUUGUCAAAACUAAUACCCUACACAAAGCAAUAGCAUGUUCUAAAUAUCAUGCAACAUAUAUAUCCGGUGGGUUUGACGGUCAAGUAAAUUUUUUCAAUGAUACUGGUAUUCAUGGCAUUGCACAAGUUAAUGGAGAUAUUCUGUUCUUUGCUUUUUCACCAUCUUCACAUUCAAAAUUAGUCGCAGUUUGUUCAUAUCUUUAUGAAGAAAGUGGAACUCGCAGUCAAAUUACUGUGUGGGAUUGUAGCACGCAUUCUUUAUGUACCAGUUUUUAUAUACCCUCACGUGAGAAUAUAUUAUGUAUGGAAUGGAUAAGUGACUAUGUCUUACUAACAUCAACUAUAUCUGGUGAUUUCAUUGCAUAUGACUUGCAGAGUGCAUCUAAAAUACUUACACUAAAGGGAGAUGGUGUGCCAAUAUACUUCUUUAAAUAUAAAAAAAACGAACAUAUUAUUUUAACGGCAUUAGAUAAUGGACACGCAAAAAUUUGUGAAGUUCCGAUGCAAUUAAUUACUUAUUUAAUGAACUAA